AGAAAGGAGAAAAGUAGGGAGAUAUUGAAGGCAGGAAUUCAGGAUCCGGGGGAGAGGGAGAGAGAGAGAGAGCAUAGACUUGUGUCAUUUACCAUUUAGAUAUAUAUAAAUCUGCUUCACAUUUAUUUCUUUCCUAACCAAAGACGCAGAAUUCAUGCAUAGGGAGAAGAGGAGUUAGGGAGCGAGAGAUCUCUCAUCUAUCGCCACCCUUUUAAAGGAUAAGAAGAAGAAGAAGAAGAAGAAGAAUCAAUAUCUUAUUCCUGUAUUUUAAUAAGAGAUCCCCCUCUCCCCCUCUCCCUCUUCGGAUCUUUUCAGUACUUAAUAGGUAUAAAACAUCAACAGAUAAUGGCUGUUACAAUGAAGCAUAUGGCGCUCGCAAUCACUGCUCUUGGAGUGAUCUCUUUCCUUUUAGGCGUUGUCGCCGAAAAUAAGAAGCCUGCUGCUGGAACUGCAAUAACCGGAAAGGGUGUUGUGAUUUGCAAGUAUCCAUCCGAUCCUACUGUAGCCUUGGGCUUUCUCUCUGUUGGAUUUCUCUUAGCAGCUUCCGUUGUUGGUUACUUGUCUCUCUUUUAUCCUUACAAAGGAAAACGUGUCCCCAACUCUGCCUUGUUUCAGAGCACCAGUUUCACCAUCUUUUUCAACGUUGCUGUGUUUACAGCAGGACUGGCAGCAGCUUUGAUAUUGUGGCCAACAAUUCAAGAGCACUCUCACUUGAGCCGCACCGUUCAUCACGAUCCUGACUAUCAAUGCCCCACUGCCAAGACUGGCCUCCUUGGUGGCGGUGCUUUUGUUUCUCUCGAUUCAGCCCUUUUCUGGUUAGUCGCACUCAUGUUAGCGGACAAUGCUCGCGAGGACUUCUUUGAUGAAACGGAAAAGGAUGUCAAGGGGGAACUUAAUUCUGAGGUGCUUGAAGGCUCUGCGUAACGCCUUUUGAGUCCUGGAAUUCUCUCUUUGGUCUUUGCACAUUUCCAUGUCACAUAAAUAAUUCUCAGUUAGCACCACCUGGAAGCCACACUAAAACAUGGAAUUCCUAAUUGUAAAUAUCAUGUAUCUUUUGGAUUUCAAUUCUACGCUUUUCUCUGUUGGAGUUUGGACCAAGUAUCAGAAUUAUUAUUUUUUUCCA